AUAAAAAACUCGCCUUUCGGCAUGGAUGCACGAAAAAGCCCGAAAGCCGAUCGAAUCGAACCCCAUCAGCCUGUGCUCAGCUCAAAGCUGUGGAUACGAUCAAUCGACUCUCCAGGUCACCGCAAAUUGCUUCGCUUUGUUGGGACCUACAUAAUUUCAAGUUCACCACCGCAUCGACAUUGCCUACCCAUUCACAGAAUUCGGCUUGCUUCAGAAGAGUGUGUACAGUUCAAUUCUUCGUGAUGGCGUCCAUCGUCGUCACCCCCGCUGCCUUCGCCGCAGCCUCGUCAGGCUUGUCGACCUCCCAGUCGACCUCCGCCAAGGCCUUCACGGGCCUCAAGAGCGCCACUCUGUUCCCCUCCAAGGCCCAGACGCUGAGCUCCGUGCAGAAUGGCAGCCGCGUGCAGUGCAUGCAGGUGUGGAACCCCAUUGGCCAAACCAAGUUCGAGACGUUCUCGUACUUGCCGCCAUUGUCCGAUGACGCCAUUGCCAAGCAGGUGGAGUACAUGAUCCAGCAGAAGCUGAUUCCGUGCUUGGAGUUCGACGUGAACUCGAACGGCGUGUCUCGCGUCAACAACUCAUCGCCAGGGUACUACGAUGGUCGGUACUGGACGAUGUGGAAGCUGCCGAUGUUCGGAUGCCAGGACUCAGCGCAGGUGUUGAGGGAGAUCGAGGAGUGCAAGAAGACGUUCCCCGGGUGCUACGUGCGCGUGUUGGGGUUCGACAACGUGAAGCAGGUGCAGAUCUGCGGGUUCCUGGUCGCCAGGCCCAAUUAAACUAUUCGCCGAAACCACCUAUGUCCGAGUUGUGUACAUAGAGCAUGAGUGAACGCUCAAUCGCCAGUUUAGAAUUCAUUACGAAUUUUGAAGGAAAUAGUGAAUUUGUGGCAUCAGUUCUACAAUGGAUCGACUAUGCAGUUUCGCCCUACUUCUCGUUUGUGGAUUGUGCGCUGUACGUGUUGUCUCGCGUCCUGUGUGAAUGUCGUUGGCUCUUGUGGGUGAGGUUCUGCACCCCUUUGUGGCUUUUCGCCAAUAGCAACGGUAGGACAUUUUCAACACGCUGAACCACUGAGAAUAGCCGACAUGAUUCCGCGAGUUGAUGUUACUUGUGAAUAUGUUAAAUGUGUCGAGUCUGCAUGAAACAAUCGCGAGAGGGGCAUUCAUCUUGGGCAUCGAUAGUACUCCGAUUGAGUUAGAUUCUGGAGCGAGGGAGAAGAUUGAAUAUUUAUUUUAGCUUCCUCUCACUGCGGUGAGAAGUGGAAUUGCCGACUUAUGUCAUGUAUUUCUUCGGGACAGAGGUUGGUCACGUGGUUGUUAGUGUACAUAACCUGUCACACGAUAAUAUGCUGGACCAGUUGGGGGGGCCUGCAACACGUUACAUAGUGGUAGUAUUGGCUUGAGUUUAAGUAGACGAGUAGAUACAUGCCAAUACGACUUCGAACUGCAAAAUACGAAAUCAACGCAUGUGGUUUAUGAAGAAGAUGGAGUAAAAGACAACGUGUGAAUGUGUUUGA